CCGCCCCCCGCCCUCCUGUCCUCAGUCCCGGGGAUCUUCUCCCGGUCCGCCGGCCUCGCCGCUGCCGACAUUGCACUAAAAGAGAUGCACCCCGGAAAGGCAAAUCGCGGGGGCGCAGCUUGUUUGGAGGCGAGGCCGGGUGUGUGGACCUUAGCGUGCCCAGCCACCUUGUCGAGGGCCUGGGAUAGAUCCGAUUCAUCAGCCUCGGAGUGCCCCUUUCCUGCCAAGUCUACCGAUUUUUGCCUCCCUGUCUUCUCACACUUCCAAAAACGAUAAGCGGGGAGCUCCCCGGAGAUUUGUUUUAUCUGAGUCUGCUUCGAGCUAGACGUGAGGGCGACCCCUUACAUGCUGUUCAGAGCAUGGCUGUGUCCCCUCAGAUCGAUACCCCCCUGGAAGUGGAGGGAUGCCUAAUAAUGAAAGUGGAAAAAGACGCCGACUGGCCCUCGGAGCCCAUUCUGGAGAGAUCAGACAGCUCCGAGGCGGAGACCUUUCGCCAAGGCUUCAGGCAGUUCUGUUACGCGGAUGUGGCUGGACCCCACGAAGCUUUCAGUAAACUCUGGGAACUUUGCUGCCGGUGGCUGAAGCCAGAAAUGCGUUCCAAGGAGCAGAUCCUGGAGCUGCUGGUGAUUGAGCAGUUUCUCACCAUUUUACCCGAGAAGAUUCAGGCAUGGGCGCAGAAGCAGUGCCCCGAGAGUGGAGAGGAGGCAGUGGCGCUGGUCGUACACUGGGAGAAGGAGACAGGACGGCUAAGACAGCAGGUUAGCAGUCCUGUGCACUCAGAGAAGCAAGUCCCACUUGGAGCAGCAUGGGAAAUGGCAGAUUUUCAGCUAGAGCAGGUGGAGACCCAGCCCAGAGUGGUGUCUCGCAAUGAAGCUGGAAGCCUGCACUCAGGACACCAGGAGUUGCUGAACCAAAAGCGAGACCAUCAGCCCUUACUCAGGAAUGCUCGGUCUUCUCCCUGGGUUCCUGCUUCUGCUGACGAUUGGAACACUGUAGAUCAGGAAGUAACAACCACGCUUCUUCCUGUUGUGUCCCAGGGGCCGAUGAAAGAUGUACACAUGGCAAGAGGUUUUUCCUUCAAGAAGAGUGUGCGUCAGGUUCCUGCUCACAGAGACCUCUACUAUGAUACUAGGAAGGACAGUGUUGGGAAUGUGGUCUCCCUGGGAAGUACAGUGUCAACAUCUAACAAGAUAGCCCGGUUGGAGCAAAGAAAGGAGCCAUGGACCAUAGGUCUACAUUCUACUAAUAAGAGGAAUAUUCUGCGAAGCAGCUACAUCAAGGAAAAGUCAAUUCAUGCUGUUCAGAUCCCUGCAAGGAAUGCAGGAAAAACGUGGAGAGAGCAACAGCAGUGGGGUUUAGAAGAUGAGAAGAUAGCCGGUGUGCAUUGGAGCUAUGAGGAAACUAAGACUUUUCUUGCAAUUCUUAAAGAGUCUCGCUUUUAUGAGACACUUCAGGCUUGUCCCCGAAACAGUCAGGUAUAUGGUGCUGUAGCGGAAUGGUUGAGAGAAUGCGGCUUCCUCCGAACACCAGAACAAUGUCGGACCAAGUUCAAAAGUCUCCAGAAGAGCUAUCGAAAAGUGAGAAAUGGCCAUGUGCUAGAACCCUGUGCCUUCUUCGAGGACAUGGAUGCUUUGUUGAACCCUGCAGCCCAUGCUUCAUCCACUGACAAGCCAAAAGAGGUUAUAUCUCUCCCCAAACUAAAGAGAACUGGUAUCACUGCUGAAGAACAGAUCAGUUUGGUGGAAGACGAAGAAGCAGCAGAAGAAUCUGAUGGUGAUGAAAUAGGCGUUGAAUUUCUCCGGAAACCUGAGAUGCGUGGUGCCCCUGUCUUGUUUCAGAACCUGAGUGGUGUGCACUGGGGCUAUGAGGAAACCAAGACUUUUCUUGAUAUCCUACGUGAGACUCGGUUUUAUGAAGCACUUCAAGCUUGCCAUCGGAAAAGUAAGUUGUAUGGUGCUGUAGCAGAACAACUGCGAGAGUGUGGCUUCCUUCGGACACCAGAACAGUGUCGAACAAAGUUCAAAAGCCUCCAGAAAAGUUACCGCAAAGUGAAGAAUGGUCACGUACUAGAGUCCUGUGCAUUCUACAAGGAGAUGGAUGCCCUGAUUAACUCUCGUGCACCUGUCCCCUCCGCCAACACAGCAGAGCAAGUCCCAUCACCCUCAACUCAAGAAAGAGAAGAUAUUGAGAUUGAAUCCCAGGAACCUACAGACUGGGAACCUGAGGACACCUCACAGGAGGCAAUAGUAGAGGAUUCUGGCAGUGAGAGAAUGAGUGAGGAUGAAAUUGUGCAAGUGUCAGAAUUCCAGGGACCUGCAGAUCUAUUACAAAGUCCAAGUGAUUUUGAAAUUGGAAGUAGUGUCAAGGAGGAUGCAACACAGGUAAUAUAUAAGGACGUGGAGCAAAAUAGAGCAUUAAUAGAAAAGUCUAAAAUGGUUGUUUCCCAAAACACUGAUCUCGGUAAAUACCAUAAAAGAGAAUGCAUCUCAGGAAGACAAUGGGAAAAUCUUCAAGGAAUCAGACAGGGAAAAUUAAUAUCUCAACCUAAAGACUUAGGGAAAACUAUAGUACAUCAAAGGUCCUUCAUGGGAAAAAGACCCUACAGACUUCUCAAAUAUGGAGAAAACUUUGGAAGGAGUACUCGCCUUAUGUGCCGGAUGACCCAUCAGAAGGAAAAUCCUUAUAAGUGUAGUGUCUGUGGGAAGUGCUUUGGUCGAAGCAGGAGCCUCAUCAGACACCAAAGAAUCCACACAGGAGAAAAACCUUUUAAAUGUCUUGACUGUGGAAAGAGCUUCAAUGACUCCUCAAACUUUGGUGCCCACCAGAGAAUCCACACAGGAGAGAAGCCCUACAGAUGUGGAGAGUGUGGGAAAUGCUUUAGCCAGAGCUCAAGUCUUAUUAUACAUCAGAGAACCCACACUGGAGAAAAGCCCUAUCAGUGUGGAGAAUGUGGGAAAAGCUUUACCAACAGUUCUCAUUUUAGUGCCCAUAGGAGAGUCCACACUGGUGAGAAUCCCUACAAAUGUGUGGACUGUGAAAAAAGCUUCAAUAACUGUACAAGAUUUCGAGAACAUCGGAGAAUGCACACUGGAGAGAAGCCUUAUGGCUGUGCCCAGUGUGGCAAACGUUUCAGCAAGGGUGCUGUUCUCGCCAAACACCGGGAGGUUCAUAUGAGAGAAAGGCUCUUGCCUCAUCCUCCAUCUAUGUAUUCCCCAGAGAACCCAUAUAAGGGGAAGACUGAUGAAUUCAGGAAAACUUUUUGAUAGUGAUCUCUUUUUCUCCUAACUGUCCCUCUAGCCAUUUCACCCAAAUCUCACUCUUGAAAGCAAUCCUUUCUUAGCUAUAAAGUGUAAUGCCCAAGAUUGGCUUGAGAAUAUACAAACUAAAGACUUGGAUCCAAUUCUUACCUCUCCCUCUGUUUGGAUCAGUCUGCUCCUCUCCUCCUGUGUGUCUCAAUUUCUCCUUUAAAAGAGUGGGGAAGCUUUGAGUUUAGAAUGAAAUUUUCUUCAGUAUGUUGAGGCCACGCUUGGAUUUCUGAGUCCAGCAACAUUCAAGAUCCUUCAGUGUAGGCGAGAGUUGUUUUCAAGGAAAUGAAAAAUGCUGAAAGUUUUUUUGUUUUGUUACCUGCCAUACGAGAGCCUGGAUGCAACUUAAAUCACAGAGUUAAGUGUUUGGGUAGAACUUUCAGUUGUCUGAUUAGAACAACAUCAAAUCCAUGUUGGUUUUAAAGAUACGAAAGGAGACAGAAGAUGUUAUAGCUUCCUUCCGAAGCCUAUUGCGGUGUUCCUUUUUUGUGUCAAGAAGUUGAUCCAAAUAGUGAGGUCGAAUCCUUGUGUUGUCAUUGAAAUCUCGUUACGACAUGCCUUGCCCUCCAUAGAGAGGAGAAGCAACUGAUCACUUGUCAUCCUUUGUAUCAGCCUCUUCUUUACCUAAAGACUGAAACCCCCUUGGGCUGCUGCUUCUUCAGCCUAUAUGUAAUCCAGUUCCUUUCACUGUUUCUCAUAAGUCCUACACUUACCUCUUAAUUGUUCUGGGUGCUGUUGUCUGAUUCUUCUGAACUACCAUGCCCUUCUCAGAUUGACUAGGAUGCAUGCUCUUGGUAUGUCUCAUCCAAAUAAAGUAGAAUUCCAGACAUGUUCUAGUUCUACCCUCUAACUUCUCUGGUUCUUAGGUAGAGCAUGAAUGGUAUGUUGCUGUAUUUUAUGCCCCCUAGUCCCAUACUUCAAUAUAUAAUAGUUUUCUAAAACUUUCACUAUGGGGGGUGAGGGUCCAGGAAGAAGUGAGGUAGAUACCUGAAACAUUUAAUGUUUCUAAGACUCCAUGGGCCUGCUUUAGAUCAGCUAGCCACCUCAGUCCAGGCCAGCACCUCCAGAAAGGUUUGUUAAAUACUCCAUUCUCCUUUCUGAGGCUUCUAGUCCCUAUCAUAGGAUCAUAAACCUGCGUAAUUUGUGCAACUCUAUAGCUCACUGAAUGAAAGUAGAGUUACAGAAACUUCUUAUCCAGUAUGCCAUUUUUGUUUUUCUCAUUCCUGUUUGUCUGAAAAAUCUCUUUGAUAACCCCCUAGCACUAGCCAGAUAAAUAUUGAAAGAAAGGUUCAGAUAAGGGGAUAGUCUUCUAUGGAAGUUACAGGUAAGACCCACAAAUGUGGCUGUCCACAGCUGGUUGCUUUAGAAUGAGGCAUUUAUAUCCUUAACAUGGAGGUAAACUGGAGUGGCUUUGCUCUGGGGAGGGAGAAACCCAGAACUGAACCUGUGGUUUAUUUUGAGCUUCUCUCUCCUUUGCUGCUCUCUUGUUUGAGGACAUCUGGAGUUUGUUGUUUUUUUUUUUUUUUUUUUCUUGAGUAUGUUUGAAUCUUUUGAAACUUGUUCAGCAGAGUAUCAAGGAGGGUUAGACAGUGUAGAAAGAAAUCAACUGCAGUGUCAGAAUAGGGUGUGGCCUGUGGGAAGGCAGGUGACUCAGGUAAACAGGGAUAAAUGUUUCUGAUUUACAUUUGUUGCAAAUGUUAUGAUUGUCCACAUCCAGUAGGUGGGUUUCCUCUGUGUUGUCUGAACUAUGGACUUCUAAUGGUAAGUGCGGUUUCAUGUUGGUAGUGUGCCUACCACAGUAAGAUGUGUGUAGUGCCAGUGGGUGUGUGCUCAUGUUAUGUAGAUUCUGGAAUUCCAACUCUAGGGAAGAUGAACAUUAAUAGAGGUCACUGCUUAGUAAUAUGUACACAGGAUUGAUAAUUAUAUUGAAGCAUGAUUCAGGAAAGUAGAUUAUUUAUAAAUAUUUAUUAAGCACCAUUGUGUGCAAGGCCAUGUCUAGGCACGGUGAGGGAGAUGAACAUGAAAGGGGGCGUGGUGCCUGUACCCAUGGGACGCAAGUGCAGUGGACAGUGGAGGAUGUAUUGCAUAGAAGGUCCUGCCAGUUAUGUUCAUGCCAAUCACAAGGGACAAUGAAAAAUCACCUUCACUUACAAGAAUUUUUCUGCAUUGCCUAGAAUCAUAUUCUGAGGCGCUCUGACUUCCCCAAUGGCAGGAAAGGUUCAGACCAUUCCAUCUCCAAUGGAACAAGCUGGUUGUGUCUGAGAUUAAGCUGAGGUGGAAAUUGGGUUUCUCUAACUAUUCCUAAUUGUAAGUGAGCUGUCAGGAUAUGUAUUAAAUUAAUGAACUUUGUCUCUAUUCUGAAGAAAUAGAAGGUCUUACCCACCGUUUUGACCAAUGCUACUAGGACUUUAUCUUUUCUCAGCUGAAGCAGAAAGUCUAAAUGAAUAAUGUGUCUUUCAUAUAACAUAGUAUUGCCUUUAUGAAAAUUCAUACAAAAGGAUUUUUUUUGUCUAGAUCUUAGUAACAGGGAAAGUGCUUAGCCUACACAAAAUAAAAAAGUAUCUUAGGCUGAUUUUCAUAACUUACUAUUCCUCUCUCUCUCUUUGUUCUGGCUGUUGGAAAGUGCAACAAAAGUUACAGCCCACCUCAACCAACUACCUUAAGCCUAUAUUUAAUCCUGUUUAAUUUCUGUGAAAAUUUUCCUAAAUCUUAUUUUUUUAAAGUGGUAUAAACAAAUGGACAUUUUAUUUUCUGACACCUUAACCAUGGCACUUUGGAAACUGGCUUGUGUUUCCUACCUAGGCUUGCUUUGUUACUUCCACAGAUACCUCCAGUUCUUACCAGUGAUUAUAUUACACAUACAACAUAAUUACUCAUGGAAGGAAAGCUUAGUUUUUUAAAGAGGAAAACUUUACACAUAUACUGCUCAGGGCAGCCUACCGUGGUGGAAUAAGCAUUUAGACCAGAAGCCAACAGGGGCAAGUUCUUGUCACUGCCACUUCCUGAAAAAUGUCUGGCAAACUGUAGCCUCUCUCUGGACCUUAGUUCUUUAUUUGAAGGGAAGUUGAACAUGAUUGCAAGACUUCUCCACUCUUAUGUUAGGUGAGGCUAUGGAAUGAGUGGUAGCAGAAGAAGACAUGAUAGAUCAAGCUACCCAGCCCGGCUCAAUACUGCAUGCAGCCUGCAGGCCAGACUGAAUCCAUGUCAUCCUUUAGGAAGAAGGAUGCUGCAAGCAGUCCAGACGCUUGCUCAGGAAGGACAAAGGACAGAUGACUGGUGUGCAGCAGCAGGCAGCCCCCAAGGAAGGCAGCUGGGGCCUGGAGUAGCACUCGGCAAGUGACUGCAGUGAACGAAGCAUAUUUUGUGAGGUCUGGUGCCUAAUGACAGAUAAGACUGAACUAUGAGGGAGCUGGGAAAGCCCCAAAUGCAAGGAGUGUGUCUGUGUCCUUGUGCAGCUGUCAGCCUCUGCCUCUGUGGGAAUGCAUUUCAAGUAUAAAUGUAUGUCUGUUCAUCGUUUUGUACUAAUGUUCACUUAGAUGUCUUCUUGAAAACGUGUAUGUGAAAUAAAUGUCUAAAAUAAAUGACUCCCAUUGGCUUUUGCCAUAAUUUGAAGUAUGUCUUCUAUUAAAGGAAAAGGGAACUUAUCCAAGAGGUAAUAAAAACAGAUCCUAGCAGCCAAAGAAUCUGUCUCAUUCCAGUUCACCACUGUCCCCACAGCUAGCAGAGAUCUUUCA